ACCCGCAACAACAAACCAACAGCACUGCCCCACACAGUAACAACAACUAUUCAAUAGAAUGCCUCGUUUAGAAGAAUCUGAAAUUCAAAAGUAUUGGCAAAUCUUCCAAGGAUUAAAGCCCGUGGAUAACAAAGUCACUGGUGAUAAGGUGGCACCAGUGUUGAAGAAUUCAAGAUUAGGCGAUUCACAAUUGUCCAAGAUUUGGGAAUUAAGUGACAUUGAUAAUGAUGGGAAGUUGGAUUUCGAAGAGUUCUGUAUUACUAUGAGAUUAAUUUUUGAUUUGGUUAAUGGAUCAAUUGACGAUGUUCCUGCCGAGUUACCUUCUUGGUUGAUUCCUUCCUCUAAGGCAGCCCUUAUUCAAGCCAAUAAAGCAGUUAAUAGCAGCAACCUUGGUAUUGAUUAUGAUGAUGACGAUGAAGAGGGAUUAAGAGACGAUUUUGACUGGUAUAUUUCCCCUACUGACAAAGCCACUUAUGAAACAAUUUAUAAUUCAAAUAGUGAUUCCUACGGACGUAUCAGAUUUGAAUCUUUGAAUUCCUUAUAUGCCACAUUACAAAAAGUCCCCACCAGUGAUAUUUCAUCUGCUUGGAAUUUGGUCAAUCCUAAAUCGUUUGAGACUAUCGAUAAGGAUCAAACUUUGGUUUUCUUGCAUAUUUUAAAUCAACGAGAAGCAGGCAAGAGAAUACCUCGUGGUGUUCCUGCAAGUUUACGAGCAACUUUCUCCAAGGAAGUUCCAAACUACGAUUUGAGUGCUCAAUCCCAACCUAGACAAACUACUUCAACCCAAGCGUCAAAGAGAUCCUUUGCUGAAAGUUAUCUUAACAAGAUUGGUCAAGGCUCUUCAAUAAGAGAACGCGGAACUGAUUUCUCAGCUACCGAAGGUACUGAUUGGGAAGAAGUUAGAUUAAGACGAGAGUUGGCUGAUUUGGAAAAGUUAUUAGACAAAGUCCAAACAGGAGCUAAAUCUGAAGCCAAAGAAAAAGAAGACUACAUAUUGAUAAAAUAUGAAUAUGAGCAAUUAUUGAAAUAUAAACAAGAUAAAUUGAACUCAGUAAAGACAAAUGGCCAACAAAACGAUUUAUCUCAAGUUAAGAACGAUAUUGAAGAUAUUCAAACCCAAGUGAAUAGCUUAGAAGAAUUCUUGGCUUCAAAGAAACAAGAGUUGACACAAUUGAAUCAAGAAAUUGAGGCGUUAAAGUAGAAUUGGAUUAUGUGUAUAAAUUAUACAUGAUAUAUAGAAUGAAAAGAUAAAAGACGACUUAUACUUACUUCUUUUGUUCACCUUCCUUUUCUGGUUCAGGUUGUGGAGUUGGCAAUUUAAAGGCUUCUGGGGUGAAAUCCUUACCUUCACCAACAGGUUCCCAAACGGAAGCACCAACGGUGAAGUUUCUCCAAGCUUGAGUUAAUUCUAAUGGUUCAUAAAUAAUUCUCUUCUUUUCUUCAUCGUAUCUUAUUUCAGUGUACCCAGUAGUUGGGAAGUCUUUUCUUAAAGGAUGACCUUCAAACCCGUAAUCGGUCAUAAUUCUUCUUAAAUCUGGGUGACCUUCGAAGAAAACCCCGAACAAAUCAUAGGUUUCUCUUUCGUACCAAUUAGCACCUUGGAAAAUUGGGACAACGGAAGGAACAGGACUAGUUUCACUAGCAUAAGUCUUGACUCUGAUUCUGGAAUUGUGUCUGACAGAUAAUAAAUUAUAAACCACAUCGAAUCUGUUGGUUCUUGAAGGAUAGUCAGCAGCAGUGACAUCCAUACAUGAUUUGAAUUGAGCAGCAGUAUGAUUCUUCAAGAAGAUCAUAACUGGUCUAAGAGCAGAUGGAGCAACGUAAAUGGUCAAUUCAUCCUUCCAAACAGAGAAUUGUUGUACGAAUUUAGGUAAACAUGUAAUAAGAUAAGUUCCGAACUUGUGUAACUCUUCAAUUUGUUCCUUGUACUUUUCAGUUGGGUUAACCAAUGGGACAUAGUUUUCACCUACUGGCUUCUUUCUUGGCAAGUUAUUUAAAAAUGGCAAGUCAUCAGUAGUGUUAUGACGAAUGGCAGUGGUUGCAAAGGAUCUUGUAGCAGAUGCAGUUAUUAAUCUUGGUGUUUGUUGGAGUGCUUUCCUUAACACUUGUGUAGAUUUUGAAGAUAUCAUGAUGGAAGUUUAAAUAUGAAAAAAAAAAUAUGUAUAUGCUAGAAUUCAAUUGUUUGACUUUAGAAAGAAACUCCGAUUAUGAAAUGUCUCUUGUUAUAGUUUCUAUAUUCUUGAAAGUCUCGUUCAAAUCCACCGUUAGCUGAAGUAAACUCAAUCUCUA